UUGGUGUGGACGGUAAACGUGGUGUUGGCAAAUCUUGUCUUAUCAAGAAAUUUGCAGAUGAUGAUUUUGAGAAUGGAAAAUAUAAAAACACCUUUCAUGCGUAUGUCACAACCACAACCAAACACAUUCGGUUAGAUGAUUACGAUAUUAAAGUAGAAUUUUUGGAAACCAACCAAAUGAAAAGUGAGUUAUUAAACCCUAAUUGGAAUUUAUUCUUUUUUCAGAUAAUGGAACUUUAUUUAUCAUGUAAAUAUUAUAGUUAUUAUAGUUAUAUUGAUGGUGCUAUACUUGUUUACGAUAUUUCUCAAUAUGACGGAUUAAAGGAAAUAAAAGAACUAUCGUGUGAAUAUAGUAAAAUUCCUAUUAUGAUUAUUGCUAAUAAUUGUGACAAAAAUGAAGACGAUCUUCUUAAAGAAGUUAAAAAUUAUUUUGGUAAUGCAAC